AUGUCUGGCCGCUGUCUCCUAAGGGCCACGCCCCUCGAGAGGCUAGCCGCCGCCGCCGCUCCCCGAACCGCCUUUACACUCUCUUCCUUUACGACAGCCACCCCGAUUUCGAGGAGAUGCGCCUCUACAGCAACAACCACGCCCAAGAAACCGGCACAGACCUCUAAAUCAAGCGAGACCCCGGCAUUGACGCGGCGGGAGCGCAGGCCUCACCCGCCCAACAAGUCGAUAGCGACGCCGCGGCCGAGCAAUAAAGUCCGGGGCCCAUUCUUUGUCAACCGCACCGCCUCCAAAUUGCUUCCCGUUUACCUGAUCAAUAAGUCAUCCCAGCCCUGGUUGACGCUCAUCCGCAAGAUUGACGGAGACGCGCAUACUUUGAGGGAUGAGCUCGUGGAGUUGCUCGGCACGCCCGAGAUACAGGUCAGGGACGUGACGAACCAUGUCUGGGUAAAGGGCCAACAUAAAACGGCCAUCGUCGACUAUCUGCAGUCUAAGGGUUUCUGA